AUGCCAUUUGGACUCCAAAAUGCGCCGUUGAAUUAUCAGCAAAUGUUAGACAACUGCCUUUGGUGUUUUGUGCGACUUCCUCCUGAAGAAGCUAAGGCGGACUCGGAAGUCCUAAAAUUAUUAGGGAUCAAGUCUGAGAAUAAAGUGGGAAGACAAGAAUUGUCUCCUUUGACUGAAGAUUUAACAGUAUUCGGAGGAAUAUCCCCGCUCCUGCAGAGCUCAGACCUGUUCUGGGACGAAGUUCACGAUAACGCGUAUGGAGCGGAAACCUGGGAUCAAAUAUCGGUUGUUCUAUCGAUUGCGAUACGGGGAAUCUCUGUGAGUAUUUCGAAGAGUGAGUUUGGCAAGAUAAUUAUCUCUUAUCGGUCACACGAAAUUGGUGCGGAAGGGAUCAGAGCCAAACCCAAGAUUGCAAAAGGUGUCUGGUAUCUGCCGUUCCCGACCGCGCUCAAGGGUGCGCUAUCGUUUCUGGGAAGCCUCAACUACUACAAUAAGUUCAUAGAGAAUCUCGCAGUGGUCGCCGCUGUCCUGUAUGAAUUACCGGACGAGCAGACCCGAGCUGGUAGAGGCCUGGAACCUGCAAUGGAAGCUUUUGAGAUUCUCAAACAAAAUAUUGUUUCCACUCCGAUACUGAGACAUCCAGACAGGGAGAGGCCAUUCAUUAUCAUUCUGCAUGCAAUUCUUUGGGCGGUGAGUGCUGUGCUGGGUCAGGAAUAUGAUGAAAUGAUAUACCCAGUCCGGUUCACAGGCAGAGUACUGCAAGAUCAAGCAUUACGCCAUUACCAGGCAGAGAAGAAAAUAGUGGGAUUACUCAGUGUUCUCAGAGUAUUCUACCUUAUGUUAGUGGGCAACGCCAGAUUAAAGGUGUAUACGCACUAUUUAGUUAUGAGAUGGCUGUUCAAGUAUAAGUUCUUAGAAGGUCGUUGUGAGAAAUGGACAGCUAGGUUGGCACCCUGGUCGCUUGAAGUACACAACAUUCAGAAUGACGAGGAUGGACUAGCAUCGAUUCUGGGAGCUGGGAUCACCCUGCGUGACAUACUCGAUCAAAUCGCUAAGAAUCUCAUCCUGGCGAAAGACCGAAUGGUUAGCGCACCUCCUAUUAAUCUCGAGAUGUUAAAAUCAGGAUUUACCUGGGAUGUGGUUGCGGCUCGAAGAUUUCAUUUUGAAGGUAUCAGCGUGAAUGAAGCUGAGUAUCAUGGCAUGGUUGAGGAUUUAAAGAUGGUGUUGGAUCGAGGGAUCCGGGAAUUAAUCAUCGUAGGUGAUUUCCGGAUAGCUAUUCAACAAGCGCAGGGACUUAUCCCAUGUCUAAACCCUGGAUUGCAGUUGUUGCUUGACCAGUUCGAAAGUCCGCGCAAAGAGUUCAAGUCUGUGCGAUUAGUGCAUGUAAAACGGGAGUAUCAUGCCGCUGCUGAUUAUGUGACUUGUCCUGGAAUUCCGUGGAAUUUUUAG